AUGUCAAGCCUUGUCCCCGGGAAUGUCAGCACGUAUAACGAAGAGAUGGCAUCGCUGCUUGAGAAAAUCACGCGAUCGUACGUGCCUUGCGAUGUCAAGGCUGCUUUCAACAAGCUACUCGAGCAUUUGCACAACGAUGAGCUAGAUGAAUGUAUCAACGCAGGAGAAGAGCUUCUGAAGCAACGCAUCCCCGAUACCACCCGUACCAGAGUCCACGUCCUGAUAGCAUCUUGCCUUGCGGAUCCUGACGAGAUGGAGGAGCACUACCAGAAGGCUCCACAUCUCUGGACGCUAUUGAAUGAACGUUAUGCUGGAACAAGCAUUGAUGCAUGGCUUCAGGAGGCUCGCAGCCAGCUCGAUGCCCUAUCUGAUGCUAUUCAAGACGAGAGAAGUGGUGACGACGACGACGACGACCAGUCUAACCCUACUGACACACCCACCAAGCUCGCAAUGAGUGCUAUUGCCGUUGUAGAGUCAGUGCCAAGUUCCUCCUCAUCCUCACAGGAAGAUUUGGAACCCGACAGUGACAGAACAUCAUGGCGCUCUGGCAGUAUUGCAUUGUCCGCUCGAUCCUCAGCAUCAUCACAUGCCAGUUUCGGCUCUCUCAAGGGUUCACGUCUCUUGGGAGUUAUUGCAUCGCAGCAGAGGUACAGGCUGCCUGACCAUGUCGGAAUGUCGCCUGCUACUAUUCUCAAGUUCGCAUGGGAUCCCAACAGCACCAUUCGAAGUCGGCCCCUCAAUCAAUCGUCUCAAAACACUUCCAUUCAACCCGUCAGCAAAGAGACGCCCAUCCAGCCCUUCAGAGAACAUUCCAAAGAGACGCCCAUCCACUCCUUCGAAGACGCUUCCGCCUGCCUCUUCCACCCCGAGUCCCAGACCAGCUCGUAG